CGUGACUCGAGCGCGCCAGAUCCAGAGCUGCUUUGGCGCGAGCCAGCGGGGGUUGAAGGCUGUGCAGAGAGUCCGGUCCGGAGAAUCCAGUGUUUGCGGUACCAGCCAGCACAAUGCCAGUGGAACAGCUCGGCAGCGGUGAGGAGGGGGAGGGAAACUCUCCGGCUGCUGUGGACUCUACUUCCCAUGGUGCUCAGCCACAGCUCACUACUUUGGCUGGCUGAGUGUGAUGGGCAGCGCAGUCCUGUAGAGCUAGGAUAGGAAUGGCAGCCCUGUAUAAUGUAAAGAGCUGUGUCUGUCUGUCUUUUUCUUUCUUUCUUUCUUUCUUUCUGGGCAGGGAGGGAUUUCCCCCAUUGUCUAAUCUAUAUUGAGUGCAGAUCUCUUAUCUAACCUGAGAACCACCUUCAUCAAGGCAGAACACAUGCUAUUCUGGGGGACAGUUCGUAAAAUAAACCGCAGUCACCAUGGUAACAGACCUGGGUUAAAAUGUUAUGAUUCUGUGGCAAACUUUUAAAGUUUAAAAAUCUCCCUCAGGAACAUUAAUUCGACUUAAAUAGUGACAGCUCCAAUUACAGGACAUUGCCCCAGAAUGCCUCUUGCACAACGCCCAGUGUCUGUGUGGACAUAGAACAUUCUGCCUCAGAAUAUUCGUUACUUUGUGUGAAGUUCUAAGUCAGAAUGUUCAACAUGGCUGCCUGUUAAAUGCACCUGUAGAGACAGAGCAUGUGCUAUUCAUAUUAAAUAAGAAAUACAUGUCUUGUGUGGUUUUUUAUGACUUGUGGAAGGGCAGUAUUACUGUCCUUCCACAAGUCAUUAAAAAAUAAAUAAAAAAAAUCAAGACAUGUUAAUUAUCUAAUGCAGCAGUUACAUUUUUCUGCAAUGUGUCUAAGAUGUGUGCCUAUUGAAGGAGUUUUGUUCUGGUGACUAUAGUGUCCCUUUAAUUGUAGGGUGGCAUUACAUAAGUUUUGACCUGUGCUCUUAUUGUAAUCAAAUGGGUGUUUGACUUUUAUGCCCUUUAAUGCUGCACUGAUAGGAUAACAAUUAUAUACUUAUUUCAUGUUCUAAAAUGGUCCUAUCUCCUGAGUGCUUGAUUCUAGAUGUUUGCAGAUACAUUUUCAGAAAUAAUGAUUCAGCGUGCAGUCUGACUUGUUUCAUUAAACUGUAUUGAUGGGUUGGGCCGCCCCAAGCUAUGAAGUUUCAUAACUGUUUUAUUGGAGUAUCCUCCUCCUCUCUUCUCUCUUCUUUGUCUCUCCCUGUACUGUGCUUUCCACGUGGAAAAAUAGCUACUUUAUUUUUUUUUUAUUUUUUUUUUCUUUCUCAAUUCUUUAUUUUGAAACCGCCAUAGUACAAUACAAAAGAUAGUCACAGGCAUUCUGACACGGGUUUAAAAUAACCGAUUACAUAGCACAACAAACACAAGUAUGGCAGUGUGACAAGCAUUUUUACCAUUGUGUUCGUUGUAACGUGUCUACUGCUUGUAACCGAUCUUCUGGAAAAUCCCUGUGUAGGCCUGGUUGGGUUGUUGGUUUUAAAAAUUAAGCGAACUGAAGCCCUGUUGGGCAUAAACAAAAAAUUAAAGCAUCAAGCAUGCCACUCGUUUCCCUCCAGCUUCAACGUGGCUUAUGUUGGGUCCAGCUCUUAAUGUCCCUCGUCGGCGACCCACCGCAGGGCCGCCUAGCCUACCUAAGCCGUCUGUCGCCCAAGUCAACUCAUGGUUGCCACAUCUUUUAACCCCUUAAGGACACAUGACAUGUCAUGAUUCCCUUUUAUUCCAGAAGUUUGGUCCUUAAGGGGUUAAAAGGGUUGCAGUGUUGUGUACCAUACUGUCAGUUUGUCUAUAUAAGAAAAAUUUCUUUAAUACGGUUUUGUCAUCUGUGCCAUUGAUGGCACUGUGGUCCCCAGCCAUUUCUGAGCUUUUGCACGUCUGAAGAAUGCCACUUUUAACACUAUAGUUGAAGACCAUAAUCUGAAACAUCAAUUUAAAUUCAAUAUUUUGAAACCAAAAUAUGUGUAUUUGCUGCUACAUUUUGUUCCUGCCAAACUUGGUUAUUUAUUAUUUAUAUAGUUCCGUAGUACUGUACAAUGGGGUACAAUUCGUGAUCUGUGUUCAUUAAAGCUCCCCUGUCUGCUAGUAUAAAAAGCCUUGUUACUCAGAUUUGUUCAGGAGAAGAGCAGAUGUGAAGCAAAGAGUCACCAGGGCUGUCACUAUAGAAACCAAUGGAAUGUUCUUGCUGAUUGAUCCACUUUUAAAUGUACUGCAUCCAUAACCUCCAUAUUAUAUAUUUUUGGGAUCAUAGCAAGUCAUUUGAUCCUUAAAGAGUUCCGCCAAUCGGUUGAUUUUAAAAAUAAAUCUUUUAUGCAUAUCCUAUGACAAGGUAGGAACUAAGACAAAAUGGAACAGAUUGGAUGUCAGGGAGGGCAGGAUGUGGGGAAGGCAUAUUACCAUUGGCUUUUGUCGUCAACAUGUUCUGUGCUCUGAUAGAUGCCAGAUAUGCACAGAAUUCUUAUUGCCCAGCAAAUCAGUGACGUUGUCAGGGUUCAUAUGGUAUCCUUUAAUUUGACUGUGACUUGUAUGUUGGCUUCUAACAUUGAGUAUUAUAUCUCUAUAUCCUGAUAUAGAUGUAUAUACAGUGGUACCUCGGUUUCCGAAUCUAAUGCGUUCUCCGGAACGUUUCUUAAACCGAUAUGUUUAAAAAAAAAUGUGUGUCUCUAAACCGAAACGCGGUUUCCCAUAGGAAUGCAUUGAAAACCAAUGAAUCCGUUCUGGAGGUCAGAAAAAAGUCAAAAUGAGCUGGCAUGGAAACCAAUGCAGAACACACAAUAAAAGGCAUGCAAACGACGAAGCUCAGCUCCCUACCUUUCCACAGCUUGAGAAAUGCACCAAAAAGUCCCAAAACAACUGCAAACAAUUUCCAGAAUGGCUCAAAAAUUCAAUGCAAAAUCCGCUCCAACACCUCCACUCUCUACGCCACGUGCUACCCAGUGGUGGUGCUAUAAACCUCCCAGGUGCAAUGCAUCCUGGGGAAACUUGCUUUGUAUUGUGAAAAAUCUUUGUAAACCGAGGCAUUAUUUUCAAUGGGGGGGGGAGGGGGGAUAGUUGUAGGAGAGGAAUCAUGGUGCAAGGAUGGAAAGUUAACUGUUUAAUUGAUCCGCUUUCCUGGGGAAAUUUUUUUUUAAAUUUUUUUUUUUUUUUUUGAAGUGGUAGAGACUGAGUGAAAGGGAAGGGAGUUCCAUAGGAAUGAUGCAGCCCUAGAGAAGUGUUGAAGGUGGCCAUCAGAGGUGGGAGUACGAACAGAGGAUAGAACUAGGUCUUCGGCAGAGCGCAGGGGCCUAGACUGGAAAUACUCGUGUAUUAGGGAGGAUAGGUAUGUUGGAGCAGCUUUAUAUAGAGAUUUGUAAGCAAGUAUCAGAAUCUUAAAUUGAGCCCUAUAUCUUACUGGAAGCCAAUGUAGGGACUGACAAGGGGGAGGUGCGAGUGGACAUGAUGAUGAGCCUUGACUCUGCAUUCGUUAUAAACUGUAAUGGGGAAAGUUGGGAACACGUAAGACAACUGAGAAGUGAUUGCAGUAGUCAAGGUGAGAGGAUAGCAGCAUGGACCAGCACCGUAGACGCAUCCAGUGUUAAAUAGGGGCGGAUACUUGCUGUUUUUUUUUUUUUUUUUUUGAUGGCAGUAACAGGAUUUGGCGAUGGAAUGGACAUGAGGGGUGAAGGAGAGGUCAGGGUCAAAGAGAUCACCUAGGCAGCGAGCCUGUGAGGUAAAGCUGAUGGUAGCACUGUUGACUUUGAGGGAGGCGGACACUGGAGUAGCAGCACUUAAGGAAGUUCUGUUUUGGACAGGUUAAGUUUGCUGAAGUGAGCAGCUCUCCAUUUGGAGAUAGUAGAGAGGCAGUCACAGACACGAGUCAAGAGUGGCGGAGAGAGAUCGGGACAGCACAGACAGAUUUGCGUGUCAUCCACAUAGAAAUUAUAUUGAAACCCAAAGGAGUUGAUGAGUUUACCAAUGGAGGCAGUAUAGAUCGAGAACAGCAGAGGACCAAGGACAGAACCAUGGGAAACACCAACAGAGGGAUGUUGGGGAGAAGAGGCAGAGAAAGGAACACUGAGCUCUGGGAGAGGUAGGAGGAGCACCAGGAAAGAGCAGUAUCUCGACUGAGAAAAUGGAGGAUAAGAUAAGUGCAAAAUGGAAUAUAUAGGUUUGGGGACUAUGGGAACAGUGUCACAUAUGUCAGUCCUUUUCAACCCUUAUGAAGUUCUGUAAUCCAGCCCUUUGAGAGUUACCUCUCUGAAACUGCUCCUUUUUAUCUAAAAGCAUGGGGGAGGGGACAUAGGGUGUGUGCAGCAAUUGAAGCACUCUGCAAAUCUAGUGCUUCUUUCUUUGCAUUAGCCACAUUUGAUGUCCUCAUGCGGACCUUUAAACAUCUUAGUGUUACUCCACACAAGUAAAAAAAUAAAUAAAAAAAAUAAAUAAAAAAAAAAAGCAAAACCUCACCUGUUCACUGGAGAGGGAGUGAUGUCUUAGAGGACCUGUGUUGCGGGGUGGGGUGACAUUUACAGGCUGACUAAUGAUACUGCCGAAGGUGAAGUUACAAGUUACGUUAUCUCUGUAUGUUCGGUGUUUCAAUAUGAAAUGCUGCACAUACAGACUCCAAGUGUGUCCUUGGCCAAAUUUAAACAAACAUUUUACAUUGUGCUGGUAAAAGGAUAUCACCAAAACCACUACAAUAAUAUGAUUGUCUGCAUAUUGGCCUUUAUUGGUAGCUUUUGCUUUGUUCCAUGUUUUGCAUUUUGUCUUUUCUUGGAACUGGAGUUGAGUUGAUUUCACAAGUGCAUAACUGAACAAACAUUCAAAAACCCAUGCUCUGCCCAAAAAGCUUUGCUGUGAAGAUAAUCCAUAUGAGAAAAUCAGCUCUUUGAAAAGUCAGUCCAGCCAUGCUUGAAAAAGUUUGAUAACCUGUUUUUGUUUUUAGGGUCUCCUUCAUCAGAGAUGGAAGCUCCCUUUGAUGAAAUGGUCAUAACUCCAUCCAUGUUAAAAGAAGAAGAUAAGCUUGAAAAAGCUGGUGAGGUGGAAGAAAAGAAAAUGUUGGAAAAGGUAAAUUGCUACCUUGGUUUGACCAGGAUCACAACCAAACACUUGGAUGUUUGUAUGGAAUUGUAGAAUCGUAGAUGCAUUCGUAAAUGUGGCUUAAUACAUUGGCAGCAUGUUCUAAAAUAGGGCAGUUUUAUGUUUUUUGCUCACUUGUGACAAAUUGAUGUUUCUUGAAAUGUUUAAUGUGAUAGAAAUAAACUUAAAAACAAAGACUAAUGUAAAUAUAAGAUUCGUGACCCCCCCCUCCCCCCCUUUGGGAACAUAAAACUCUUGAAAAUUUGCCUUUUAUCCAGCUUCGUUGUGGCAGCUGCUGCGAGAUCGUAAUUUUGAUGAUUUCUGGCCCAACCAAAUAUGACGAAAGGAUGUAAUUAUCGCAGUGCUUUUCUGACAAUAAUUAUCAGAAUUGUUUCAAUCAUGCAGAAUGUGUCAACCAGUAGAGACAUGUCUUAAAAAUUAAAUGUUUCUCCGAAAUAGCUAUGUUUACAUUUGUUAAACUGUACUGGUUUUGGUAUUGGUUGUCUAUUAAAGAGGAGUAGAAUAGGUAAACGUGUGUGCAUUGAUUACUAUUACUAUCCUAGCCCUAUGUACAUUUUUACCAAUUGGUAUGCUUUCUGGUGUACUUCUUUGUGCUGUGUAGCUCUCCUCUUGAAGGGACUGCUGCUUUUCUAUAGGUGUGUUGUAGUGUUUGGUUUUUUUUUUUUUUUGUUUUUUUUUUUGGGUGGUUAAGCAUACAGCACUGCCUGUUUCCUGUUUUUAGCCACAAUCUGCACAGCAUUCUCAUAUGAUAAAUGAACACCCAAUGAAGGAAAUGCCAGGUACAUAGAAGAAAAGAUUAGUCUUGCUCGACCACAUUUGCUCUCAUUUCCUUAAUGUACUCUAACUAGGUUCUGUGUUAUACUGUUAACCUUUUAUUCCACGUAUGUUGUGAAAUCUAUAAAAUUGUAGCCGUAAACAACAAAUGGGGGUGGGGACACACACGCGCGCCACAAACUCUUGACGUGUAUUGCGUCUGUAAACACUGUUUCUCAACAUAAAUGACACUCCUGAAACACCGUGCUUUAUACGGCUUGGGAACAGGAACAUGGGCCCCAUUCCCAGCUCCAUUCAAUAAACUAAGCUGUACUCCUUAGGUGCCUCAAUUCCAAACUACUAUCGUGGUUCCACAUGCACUUGGCAUCAGGGAUUGUCCAAUAUUGCUUUGUUUUUGUUAAAGUUCAAUAUUGAUAAUCUGUGGCCCUUCAGGCCGAUAGCGGAUAACUUGUACCGCUCUUCUGUAUAUUUACAGUUUUGAAAAAAGAAACACAAUUUCUGCAAAAAUCUGCCGUUAACUAAACAUGUCUAAUUUUUUUACAUUUUUUUUUAUAAAUCUUUAAGAGGUAAAUGCACAAAAUAAAAUAUACAUUCCUGUCAGAUAUUUAAUGCUUUCAAGAAUGUGUUUGUGUAGUGGAUGCAUGUAACAUCUUUCAAGGAUAAAAGGAUCUUUUAUAUGUAUAUUUAUUUGAUUUAUAUAUUUAUUUUAUUAGGCUCGGAUGUCAUGGGAAAGGGAUUCUAAUGAGCUGCGUUAUAGGAGACUCCAGCAUUUACUUGAAAAGAGCAACAUUUAUUCCAAGUUCCUCUUAACUAAGAUGGAACAGCAGCAACUUGAGGUAUUUGAACAGGGGGGGAAAAAAAAUGUAUCCAGAUAACUUUUACAUUUUUACCGCACCACCAGGAUGUCCAUUCCCCAACUGGCCUAAGGAUAGACUAGUAUAGGCAUGUGUCCAUUGAUCAAAAACUCCCAAAGUUGUCUGCCACAGACUUGCCAAGUACAGGAGACCUGUAUUCAUUUCAAUGUCUGCAGAGUACAGUCAAUACAGUAGCCAGUUGUGAAAAUAUAUAUUUUUUUUAAAGUACAGUUUACAGAACUAUUUGGGUUGAUUUUAUGUAUAUUUGAAGGCUUAUUUUAUUUUCAAUUAGGAAACAAAAAGGAAAGAAAAACUUGAAAAAAAGAAACAGAAGCAGGGUGAAUCUGCAACGGUAACAUUCUUUUAAGUUUUUGUAUGUUGUCUGCUAUGUCUAUAUAUUAUGAGCUUUGUGGCUUUUUUUGGGGUUGCACAGCGCAUGGAUCUAGAAUCCUAAUUUAACCUCAAACUGCAGCAAUCUGUCUAAUAUAAACAUCACAAGAAAAUCCAGAUUCGCUAUGCUAUAGUCUACUCAAGAGACAUUGUUAAAGCCCCCGUCCCCUUUGUUUACCUAUAUGAACAAAAGUUAUAUUUGGUCAUGUUGAUCUAUGAAAACAAAGUGCAAGCUAAAUUCAGUUCUAAUUCUAAUACUAACUUCCUUUAUUUGUGUUUGAUUUCUUUUUUUCUUUUUUUUUUUUCUUUUUUUUUUUUUUUUAAAGGCAAAGCAAGCAACUCAGAAUGAAGAUCAAUCUGGUGCGUUUUGUGUGAACCUAUUUUAUAAGCUUGUAAAUGAGUUUUAACUUUCCAUUUAGUAUUUCUCUAUGCAGAAGCGGUAGAACAAAUCUUAAUUGUGUGUGGGGUUUUUGUAAUAUUUAGAUCCUAAGAAGAAAAGGCAAAGAGACGAAACUUAUAGUAUUUCAGACGUGAUGUCUAAAGAGGUAAAGUACUUUUAUAAGAACAUUGAAAAGUAUUUAUUCCUACUAUUGAUGUUCCUUAUUGCUCGUUUAUUUACAGUGUAAAACAUCUACACUUCUCUCUUAGGAAAUCUUAUCAGUGUCAAAGAAAAGCAAGGUUGAUAUGCAGGUAUGUACCAGAAUUUGGGUUGUUUUGUGAAAGCAAAUUGCUGGGUAUCUUUAUAAAGUAAAGCUGUAGUAUGACAUAUCUGUGUGUGUGUGUAUGGUUUGUGUAUUUCUCACAGUCAUCAUUAUAACCUCAGUGUAGACUCAUCUGAAAUAUUUGCAAUAAUUUCUUUUCAUGGUUUGCCUCUGAUGUAUUAUGGGGAAUGUGACCUUUACAGUGAGCACUCUAAACAAAUGAAACAUUUGACAUGCAAGAUCUUUAGUUACCAUACACUGACACACUGUAAAAGAAUUGCAUGUAACCUGCUUAGAAGGAUAUAGUAUCAUCGUGUAUGUGUGGUUUUUACCCUUUCUGCACUGGACAAAUUAAACAUAGGCGCGGUUACCUUGCAGUGGUGGGUUGCACAGGCUCAUGAGAACCAAUAUUGGCUCAUUAACUGCAAAAAAAACAACACAGGAACAAUUCUGUAUUCCAAAUGCACCCACAAUCCCUCAACUCUAUGCGUUUAAAAAAAAAAAAAAAAAAAAUGAAAAGAAAAAGGGGGGGUUCGAAAGACCCCAUAAAACAGGGUUAUGAGAUGUUGUGGGUUAUCCCUACUAUAUGCAGUCGUACUAGCCAGCUUUCAACCUUUAACAUGUCACUAAAACAGAGAAAUGCCUGUCCUGUUUCAAUAAUUUCCUCCAUAGUUACUACCUUAAUGUAAAUUUAUUAUAAUCUGCCAUUUUGAAUAAUGUAGGGUCUUCCUUGAACUAUAUCUAUAAUAGAUCUCAUUGGCCUCUGUUGUGACUUCUUUAAAGUUCUUUAUCUACUGGCUAUACCUGUUCAGACUAGUAGCAUCAAGUUGAAAUUACACUGCUCAAAAUGUGAAAAAUCUCAUGCAUUCACUAUAGUGAUAACUCAAAGUGAAUUUUAAAGUCAAAAUGGCAAACUGUAAAUAUUGAGUGUGCUAUCAAAUUUGAAUUCUCACUUUUGUAAAUAACAGUGUAUGUAGAAGUGGUUGCUUUUUAAAGAGUUAACCUCUGACCUCUACUUUGGGGCCUGUUCCAACACUCUUCCGUAGAUGAGCAAGUAAUAAACAAUUUCUGACUUACAGGAUGAAAACUCUUCUAGCAAACUCAACACCGAAGACCUAGAGAAGAAUGGAGACUCUAACAGUGUCAUUAAAGACCGCUUAUCCCAAGCAGUGAGGCACAAUGCCAAACAUCUACUUGACCCAACACGAACAGUAGAUGGGAAGCCUGUGCCUUAUCAACAGCCAAAGUACUUUAUUGGUGGGAUAAUGCGAUGGUACCAGGUGGAAGGCAUGGAGUGGCUCAGGGUAGGUUUUCUGUUCUACUCAGAUUCUGUAAUUGGUAUACAAACACAGAGUACUCGCAUAACAUUUACAGUGGUAGUUAUUCCGAACAGAGGGGUAGAGUGAAUAUCUUAUUGUCACAGUUGGUGCCAUUUGCUAUAAUCUGACAAUUGAGUUGGCUGCAGCAGGAGUGAUCAAAUGGUUUUACUAACCUUAGAGCUGGCUGGCAAAGCACCUUAAAUAUUUUUAAAAAUUUAAUAUAUUUUCAAUGGUCUGCAUGUUUACAUCAUGCAUAGCAUAACUUCCCCAGACACGCCCAUUGCGCUUUUUACGGUUUGUGUUUUUAAAGGGAUAGGACUUAGUAACGCACAGUCUAACAUUAAAAAUGUGUAAAUGUUAGUAUUUAAUUUUUUUUUUAAAUAUAUAUAUAUAUUAUUUUUUUUAAGCAUGUACCUCUUUAAUCCUAUCCUAGACAGUCAAUAGAGUUGUCUAGAUCGGUCUCCUUGGUUUUAAACUUUUUGUAAAUUUUAUUAGUGUUAUCGUUUAAAUUUUAAUUUUUUUUAAUUUAUUUUUUCUUUCCUCUGUUUUAAUGCAGAUGCUCUGGGAAAAUGGGAUCAAUGGCAUAUUGGCUGACGAAAUGGGUCUAGGAAAGACUGUACAGUGUAUUGCCACAAUAUCCAUGAUGGUUGAGAGAGGAGUACCUGGGCCUUUUCUUGUUUGUGGCCCAUUGUCCACUCUUCCUAACUGGAUGUCUGAGUUUAAACGAUUUUCCCCCGAGGUUUGUCAUCCUUUUUAUAUAACUUUACAGCAGAACAUGCAGAAAGUAACACGUUCUCCUCCGCCCCCUCCUCCCCUUCUUUCCAUUAAGACUUCCUUCCU